CGGCGACUGGAACUGGCUCCUUGCAGCCUCUUGGGAGUGACUCCAUCACCUGAUUCCAGUGCCGGGAUUUCCACCCUGCUGUGCCCCAAGGGGAACGCUUCUCGGGUCACUGCGGAGGUGGGGGUGCUUUCCGGUCUGCAGCAUUUUUCCGACCCUGGUGCUACCUCAGUGACGGUGGAGUCAUAGAUGCCAGGUGCAGUCGGGGCUGACAGCAGGGAAACGGGUUUGAGUGUCGGAGUUGUCAUGGCGAUACCUUUGAUCCGUACCACUCGUACACCUCAGGAGGGACAGGAGCUGGCUGCAAUAUCCCAAAACAGAGAAGUGCUUGUGAAACACCAGCUACACCUGAAGAGGCAGAGGGACACGGUGGCAUACCGGAUGGACAAACUGACCGCAAAACAAGCUGAUAUCAGCAGGAAAACAGGGGCACUGAAAGACCAUAUGAAGAGGAAGUAUGAGGAGAUGCAGAAAGUGCUGGAGGAGGACCUGCAGAUGUCUCUGACCCAGAUAGACAUGGAGGCUGAGGCAGCCGUGAGCUUCCUGGAGAAGAACUUUGAGAGCUGCUACCUGCUGUCCCAGGACCUGGCUCUGGAGCUGUCUGAACUGAGCCUGCACCUGGAAAGGGACAAGCCUGAGCCCUAUGACCAGAAUUCUGAAACAGAGGGGCGGAUAGCAGAGGUUUUGAAGGUCAUCGAUCCUGACCAGUUCCAGCUGGAUGUGUUUAAGGCUGAACAGCUCCUGAGUUCGGCCAACAAUCUGCUGCUGUUCAUUCGCGCCCAGAUUCCUGUCACGAAGAAACUUUUCAAGAGCUAUACUUCGGAGGUGGCCCUGGAUCCGGACACAGCGCACCCAAAGCUGGUCAUCUCACCGAAUGGUGACCGUGCUUCCUACACCGACAUCUGGCAGGAGCUACAGGAGAGCCCCGCCCGCUUUGACACAACCCUCAAUGUCAUCAGCCGGGAAGGCUUCAUGCUGGGCCGGCACUACUGGGAGGUGGACGUGGGUGGGAAGACAUACUGGGAGGUGGGCCUGACCUAUCCCAGCAUCCCCCGCAAAGGGAAGGAGAAAGACUGCUGGCUGGGGAGGGGAGUGGACUCCUGGUGCAUGGAGUUCUUCGAUGGCGUCUACACUGCCUGGCACGGGGGUGUAGCCCACAAACUGGACGUGACUCAAUGGUUCAAGAGGAUUGGGAUCUUCUGUAGCUUCCCUGGGGGUACGGUCUCCUUCUUGGGCAUGGACAGCAUGACCCCACUCUUUACCUUCUGUGCUGGGACCUUCGCCGAUGCCCUGUACCCGGCUGUGUGCCCUGGCCAUGAUCACAACGGCACCAACAUCGCACCCAUACGAAUCUGUGAUGCCCUGCGGUCAGCCUCCACUUUCUGAGUUUUACUAACUUUCAUGAUUUUCUGGGUUGCCAUUCACCAGAUUAUCCAUCAGCAGCCCAUUCCUUUUUCAAAUUGAAGUGUUUGUUGUAAAUGCUACAGUACCUUCCUUCACAGAUUAUAAUAAAGCCAUUCAUUAACAUAACAACUGGUUAUAAAAACCAAAAGCAUAUUUAUCUUGAAUUAAAUAAUUUCCAUGUGCCCAAAGAUAAAAGGACAUUUAGAGGUGGUCCAUUAAAGAAAUCAGCUGCUAUGAUCCAUAUGGAAGCUGCCUGCCAUGGCUGCCAAUCUUGUGAAAUGAUUAAAAAAAACAGAUUCCAGAAAGUCAACAAAUUAAUGGCUAGUUCUAAUGCGGAUUUAGACUGGGAUAUUAUGAAAUUUCUUUACUGUCCUUAGAAAGUGUAGCUCAUCGUGUAAAAUUUCCCUCAUGAAUAUAUGACUGCUUACCAUUGCUUUUAAAAGGAAUAUUUCUAACAAUGACGCUAUCUGGGUGCACUGAGCAUCUACAAUGUUAAAAGUUCUUUCCCAAGUACAGUGUGUGCAUGUGCCCAGGGUGUGUGCCAGAGAUAAUGCUUUUUGGCAGUGAUGCAUACAUUCAAUUACACUAACACAAGUCUGCUUUCCUUGUAAGGGCUUGAUCCUGAGGGGCUCAGUAGAGCCUGCUAUUAAUUCAUGAGGAUUUUUCCGGUGGUUGUCAGUGUUGUUCUUUUAAUAAAGAAAAUGACUUUU